AGAAACUAACUAGGUAGACACCGGUAACAAUGCUCUUUUCCAUGGAAUCAAUUCUAUCAAGUACCAAGCCAAAACUGGAGCCACCUCCGAAGCUAGAGCCGGAAGUGACAAUCAAUGAGCAAGUGGUUGAUCUGCCGCGGAGCAACACACGGCUCUCCGAGCCAUCAACUUCUGCGUCGGUUCUUGAACAUGAUUUGAAGUUUGGGGAGUCCCGAAAAAGAAGUCGGUCUCUUGGAGACGAGCCCACGGAAGAUGAAGACGGCGUUCCAGUUCGGAAGGCAAACAAAAGAAAUCAUUCAACUUCAAGUGCUGCAGAUAGCUCAUCUGAUGAUGCGAAGGAUGAUGACGACGAUGAUGAUUCUACAUCUCGAAAAUCAAUGUCUGGUCACCGAAAGAGCAGUCACGCAAAGCCACCGUACUCCUACAUUGCACUCAUCGCGAUGUCAAUUCUCAAUUCACCGGAGAAGAAACUGACACUUUCGGAAAUUUGCGAGUUCAUAAUCAAUAAGUUCGAGUAUUACAAGGAGAAGUUCCCCGCCUGGCAGAACUCGAUUCGUCACAACCUAAGCCUCAACGACUGUUUUGUGAAGGUGGCUCGGGGGCCUGGGAAUCCGGGAAAAGGAAACUAUUGGGCGCUGGAUCCGAACUGUGAGGAUAUGUUCGACAAUGGAUCGUUUCUGCGCAGAAGGAAGAGAUACAAGAAAAACAGUGACACAUAUCACGAAAUGAUGUCCCAUCAUCCGAUGCCAUUCCCUCCAUUCCUCCCGCAAGGAAUGCCCUUUCCUCCAAGAAUGAUGCACCCGAUGGCUAACAUUCCCAUGCUGGGACAUCCAAUGAAUCCAAGAGCAGUUCCAAACAUGCCAGCGUUCUUCAUUCCACAAAAUAUUGAUAGCCAGAAGCUCUUGUCAAUGAUGGCUUCGAGAAUAAUGCCAAUGGAUGCUCCAGUCAGCUCUGGCCAGAAGAGAACUUCAUCGAGCUCCUCACCAAAUGAGAAUGGAUCUUCGGCAGUUUCAGAUAAACUGAGCGCUUAGAAGAACACUCAAUUUCCUUGUUUAAUUUUUAACAAUUGUUUCCUAUUUGCUUAACCUUUUCUAGUCUCUUGUUCCUUUUCCGUUCCCCUUCAAUUCCUUUCAGCAUUCUUCAUUUCCCCUGAUCUCAAUCGUGCAAUCAAUAAUCAAUUUUUUGUUAAUCCUCCUGCACGUGGUACCACAACUUCAUUUCUUCAACUGAUCUUCCCUUUUCUUUUUUUUCUUUGUUUCAUUAUCUGUGAAAGAGCUUAUGUCGUAAAUAAUUCGAAAAUAUAUAUGUCCAUCGUCAGCA